GAAGAACCAUACCCUUUGGGGCCGCACAUACCUAUAUAGCCCAUAUAAGGGAGUACUCCCCCUCCCGGGGGCAAUUGCCUUUUUAUGUCUUUGACAUAUCUGUUAUAAACUACGAAUCAAAGCCUUUCGGGAAUUUAAACUCCCUUGUUCUUUUGUCAAAGUUUCAUUUUCUCACCUAUUUUAUUUUUAUAUUGCAAAACAUUCUCAAUUAAGGGACCUAUGUAAAUAUUUGCAUUCAAGAUACAAUAAACCUUAAAUAAAAUUAUCAGAUAUUUAGCUCUAAAAAUAAUGACUAAAAACUCUAAUUAUAACUCCAGGCUCGAAUAACCUGCAAAAGUCAAAUAAAAGCCGGAUUCAUGAAGCUAAGUUUGAAAUAAGCGCCGAGGGCGUUUAAUCGAGAAAAUACGGUUUAAUACUGACCUUCCGUUUGGAAAGUUUUCACUCGUACCGUUAUUAAUGUUCCCAACCUCUUAAGCAAUGGCUAAAAAACCAGGACAAGACACUUUUUAACAUUUUUGACUUAUUCCCGUAGUCAAAUAAGAAAUCAGCCUGUGAGAUGUUAGGUCAAAAAGCUGAUGUUCCAUAAUGAUUAUUGUGGACAAUUAUGGACAAAUAACAACAACUAUACAAUAUUCUUCUGCUUUUCUCCAAAAUACGGAAACUGACGCCACAAAAUCUCUUACAGUGGCACCAAAGAGUACCAUUAGCCAUUAUCUACAAUACUAUGCCUUGAAGCUACUAGAUUUUAUAAUUUAAGAAGAUGAUAAACUAAUUUUAAAACAACAUUGUCGCUAAUUUGAUUCGCAGGUUUUGGUUGACAUAAUGCACUUGGCAGUCGAAUAAUCUUUGUGAAAUGAACGUUGUCACGCCCUUCGGUCCGUCACUAUUACUGCUGAUAAUAAUAGCCUUUUAUUAGUACAAACAAAUAGAACUUAAGUAUUACAAACGCGUAGGUAUAGGUGAGGCUAUAAUUCUUAUUCAGUCUCGAUGCCAGAUGGAACCGUAGGAUUCUUGCUAUGUCUCGUUGCAAUUGGAGUAGAUUAUAAAGAAAGGACAAUUUAGACGUUUUGAUUAAAAAAAUUAUGAAGUUUGGUCGAAUACAAAAGACAGCUAUUCCUAGUUUUGGUCUGGAAGUAAAUAAUAUUUUAUCUUUCUACUCAUUGUCUCUUAGCUGUUAGAAUAAUCUGUACUUGGAACGUUAUUGUCUUUGAUUUUGCUUUAAAGAUAUCAGGCUUGAAUAAUUAUAUUACAACAAUUGUUAUUCUGACAAAAAUUUCAAUAUAACGAAAGUUGCGCUUUUUUGUAUAGUUUCUAUGUGAAUAUCUUUAUACUGAAUCUUGCAUGUUGAAUUAAAUAAGGAAUAGUGGAACCCUUCAUUACUUUGUGAAUUUUCUUUGUCAACCUUUUUCACAACCGGAAUGUCACAUCAAAUGUACACAGCCUGUGUUACUGAUGUUUAUUUGGCUUAACUUUAAGCAAACUUGCAUCUGACCAUUAUCCUAAAAUAUAAAAUAUUACAUUUGAGGUCUGAAUACGAUAUCAACAUGAAAUGUAAAGUAGACGAAAUUUAUAAAAAAGUACUUUCAUUUCCUGAAGUUCUGUGGCAUUAUAGGUUAAUCGCGCACCGUUUGACGACAAUUCACUAAAUUACCUUACCUAGGAGAUAUAAGGAUUAAUUCUUGGUUAGCAAAGUAAUUCCAGUUUAGCUAAAAAUUAUUAUAUUGAGGUAUAUUAAAAAAAAUUGACCCACACCUUAUCAUAAAAUGCCAUGUACCAAAAAGCUGGUAAAUUAAUGGAAACCUUACGAGAAUUUAUCCCCAGUUGAAAGAUAAUUGAAUCCCCAACCACUAUUUCUCCUUAUACUUAUAUAUCCUUGCCAAAGAAACUCUGUAAAUUCGUGUCAAGUGCUGGACGAUGAGCUUAUAAUGCGGCAUAACUUCAGGAAAUGAAGAUUUUGCCUUUUUGUAAGUCUCUUCUUAUGACCCACUCCUUGUAAUAAAUAGUGCUGAUAUAAAUAAGACCUCCUAAAUUAAUGGAAACUUCUCAACAAUUUAUCCCCAAUAGAAACAUGACUUAAUUCCCAACUAUCACUUCGCUUCAUUCAAUUAUCGAACUCAAAAAGCCUAUUGUAAAAAGGACCUUAUGUAAUAAUCAAGUCAGAAAAACACUUAAAAACAUAUUCAAAUUUGUCGACAAAGUUGUUAUCAAAUCUUUCAUCUCGUUCUUGUGCAUUAUUCAAUUUCUUUAAUUUCUGCAUCUCUCUGCAUGUCGGGAUUAUGACUGAAUUCGGUCACACAAACAAAAAAAGGCAAGGACAAGGUUGUCGCUCCCAAAUAAAAAAAGCUCCGCGAUUUCAGUCGCUACAUCCAUUAUCCCUAACAAGGCAACCUAAAAACGUAACACCGAUUUACGAAAUUGAAUCGUCCAUUAUUUAUGAGUACAUUUUUCUGAAUUUUUCAUAACAAUUGAAAUAGAGUUGAUUUACAUCACAAGGAGACUGAAGCUUAACAAAAAAAAAGAAAACCACUCGCGCAGAACUCGAAGUUUAUUCUUCUCGAGAAAAGAAAUGUCGUUUCUUUCUUUUCCGCUUACAAAUGUGGACAAAAAUGUCAAAUAACAUUUGAAUGCAGGAUUGACGUUGAAGGUGUGUCAUUUGCCCGGAGGCAGGAAAUGAAAAUAGAGUGUACCGGAAAAUCAAACAUGAAGCAAAAACCUAUCGGCUCGAAGCUCGACAUUUAACUUGUAAAUGUGUUGAGAUUUCUAUCACUUAUUUCCUCACCCACGUCAACAAAAAGAUUAACAUUUGUUUAGCAUUUCUAUAGAUCUUAUUAGAUUUCAGUCAAGAUCGGACAUCCAGUGUUCAAUAUCACUGACACUGAAGACGGGAAUAAACAACACGAGCAAGUUAAACAGCUUCAUCAAGACGACCAUUUCUUGAGAAUUUCUGAAGGCUCGAAAUGCGUGAUGUCUCCUGGAGUUUGGUCAUUUUAAGCUGUACAUCGGUGUUCAUAGUAGCUGCCAACGCUAUUGUCUGUGUGUUUGUUUUGACGAACGUUCGUCUUCGCACUUACACCAAUGGAUUCCUUGUGUCGUUGGCCGUGUCUGACAUUCUCACCGGUGGCCUCUUUUUUCCUGUUCACCUCAGUGGACCAGAUUCUGUCGUGGCCUCCUCAGAGGGCUACUUGGUUGCAUUCGUACUGCUGUCUGGAGUUGGCAACAUAUGUUUGGUCUCAUGGGAUCGCUACAUCGCUGUCGCCAAACCGUUUGACUACAAGAAAGUAGUGAAGUGCCAUUUCACAAAGCUGAUAAUAAUAACUUGGGUAACUGCCUUAGUGAUUUCUCUGUUACCCUUAACAUGGCGAACAGACUCGAAUGUAGUAAUUCAUAAGGUGUAUUUAUUUUGCCUAAUGGGGUUCUUCGUUGUUUUCCCUUAUGUUGGCGUAUUUUGCGCCUACUAUCAGAUCGGUCAGCACCUCAAAGAACAUCGCCGCAAAUUUCGGAAUCACUCCACCGCGUCUCUGUCGUCAAGAAAGAUGAAAUCAGAGGCUAAAGUCGCCAAGGUGUUCCUCGCUAUAGUAAUAAUAUUUGUGCUAUCAUGGUUGCCAAUUAUUUAUAUGACAACAGUUGCAAGCGUAAACAGGCCAGACCUAGUUCCGGUCGCUCUUCAGGAAGUGUCCCUUUUGACGGUGGCUCUAUCCUCCUUGGCAAAUCCCUUGCUGUAUGCAUUUAUGAAGGAGGACUUUCGGCGAGAAUUCAAGAAGGUGUCAUCGCGACAUAGGCGAUCUCCUCUCUCAGCAAACGCCAUCGAAAUGAAAACCUCAACGGUAGCAUGCACCGCUGAAACGUCACGUCAAUAUCUACAAUUUACCUAAAAUAUUGGUUCUCGUAGACCUGUAUCCUCAAUAACGGACAAUGUAAAAUGUAAAAGAUUUGUCUAACACUGGUGCAUGACAGUGCCAAGGGACAGAAUGUGUUCGAGCGGGAAGUAAUUUGGUAGAGCAGAGGUCGUUCAUUAACCUUAACUUUUUUUGUCUGAUCUGCUCUUGACAGAAAUGCUGUGUGAAGAGACGAAGUUCUUCGAUGUAAGUUCUAGCAAGGGAAGAUUGGUGUACACCCCCCUACUCAAUUGGAGGGCCUGUCUUCUGGUUAGCAUCUCGAACUGAAAUUUAAUGGAACCUGAACGCUAUUCGAACGCUUUCUAUAACCACUAACCUACUUGAAAAAAAGUAGCUACUGCCCUUUCAAGCCAAGCCCAACAAUGUUCUAAAGCUAGACAACAAGCUGGAAGAUUUGGCCAAAUGGAAAACGAUUUCAGCUUU